UGGACCAAUCCCGAGCGUGGAGAUAUUUUUAGCUCCAAUGUACUAACAAUGUUUGCACGUUGAACAUAGGUCUGUGACAUUCAAUAGUUGUGUUACAUUACGUAGGCUUGUUCUAUCCCAGUUGACAUCACAUUGCGAGUCCUGGACUUCAUAAACAGUGAUGACGCCAUCAAAUUUUGCUGUUGUGUUCAUUCUCCUGCUUGUGGUAACUGUCCAAGGUUAUCCUAACGGAGCCCCAGACAAUGCAGAGAUUUGUAACACAUUAAAACCGAAGCAUUAUCAAAUAAAGGGUAACACAAGCUCUGGACUUUGGGAGCCGAACUUGAGUCAACCUUUAAAUUAUAGCAUCCACGUGAGCAGGAUGAGCGUCAGUUCUGGACAGGCUGUUGAAGUUCUACUUCAAGCUGAUCAGUCCUAUUUCGAAGGCUUUAUCUUACAAGCAAGAAGUGCCUCCAAUACUUUAGAUGUCAGCAAGAGAUACGGAACUUUUAAACCCCUGGAUGAGGACGCUAAACUUAUCUGUUCUGGUGCUGGCAUUACACACAGCAAACAUUACAAGUGGCCAAAUAUUACUUUUAGUUGGACAGCAUCAAAAGAUACUCAAGAAAAAAUCAAGUUUAUAGCCACAGUGGUGACAGGUUACAAGACCUACUUUAUGAAUGUGGAAUCUGAUGUUGUGGAAUUGUCUGGAUCAUCAACAGGCGACAUUUUGUCAUCAGUUAACAUCUUGACAUUCACUGUGCUCCAAGCGUUUAUGUUGACCAUAUUGAUGUAGACGUCAUAUAACAUCAUUAGCAUUAUAUGAGUGAUGUAGUUGUCAUAUGACAUCUUUAACAUUGAAUGUACGAUGUGAAUGUCAAAUGGCAUCGUUAACAAUAUACGAGUCAUAUGAACUAUUUAAUAUUGUAUGAAUUAUGUUCAUGUUAUGUAACAUCUCUAACAAGAAAUAAGUAAUGUACCGGUACAUGUCAGAUAAUAUCUCUCAAUAUUUGUGUAUUCUUGCUAUACUGAAAUCAUAUCUGUCUUUCAAAUGAUUAUUAUAAUACAUAGUUAAUGUACUAUGUAGUUAUUGUGGCACAUAGUCCUUCUAAUAUGUCAAAUGUAUUACAUACAGAUGAUGUUUCGAUCAUUUCUUUAUUAAACCAGACUAUUUUUACAAA